UCGGGAGCAGCCAGUACCGUGACGACCAGUUCCCGAGGAAAACCGGAGAAAUCGCCUCCGCGAGGUCCCACAUGAAUAACCCGGGAGCUGAAAAAUGGCGUCCGAUGGCCAUUUCGAACCCGUCUACCCGGUUGCGCAUGGCCAGGUCCAUGCCCCACUGGGUUCUGGCGCAACAACAGAAGGAAGCGGAGCAACAUCAGCAACGCCGACCACCGACCCCACCAAAAAUCCCGCCGCCGUCGCUCUCCGGGGACUGUGGUGACCCAGACUACGAGAUCAUCGAAUUUCCGACCCGACCGCAAGCACAGAAGAUGUCCUCGACACCGAACGCCACGAAGUGUGCCCUGUGCGGCACCGAGAACGUGUUCGCUCGCUGCGACACCUGUAAAGGCAAUUACUGCGAGGCCUGCGACGACAUGAAUCAUAAACACCCGAAAAGAAAGCACCACGUACGAAGACGAAUCUUAACGGAAAUGGCGACGAAAACACGACCGCCGUUACCACCGAAAGGGGAUAACAUGUCGAAUCCGCCGCCUAUUCCACCACCAAGACGGAACCGCAAGAACGCUCAGGCUAAAACGACGCAAAACCAGGGACCCACGAAUCUCUCCUUGAUCGAGAGAGUCGGCAGCUUGAAGAGAACACUUCCGAACACCGCCAGGCCGCUGUCAGCCAAUUUGGACACGAAAAUCGUGUCGAAAUCCACGCAGUCGGUGAACGCUAGCAGCAACGAUGGAGCAGGAGCAAUAUCUGGCACCGACAAAAUGUCUACCCUUCAGGAGAGGUACAGGAAAUAUCAGGAAGCUAUGAGAGCACAGGAUGCGAACAGAAGAAGACAUCCUUCCUCUGACAUUUCGAGAGACACGAUGAACGCAAGGCCGCUCAGUGUAGGCAGCCCGAAACUGGCGCCUCCGUUGCCGCCUCCGCCCCCGCCACCCAGAUCUAUGAUGCAAUCGGCCAGCGUCUGCGAUUUAUCGUCGCCGCACAUGUGGAAUCCGGGAAUGCAUCAGGCUCAAUCAAUGGCUCAUCUAGGCCCAGGAGGCAUGCCAGUGAUGUGGUACCCACCGAAUGCCCCAUGGGACAUGACCAUGGGUGGCUCCACGAUGAGCCUGAACCAUCCAGCAAUGUGGGGUUACCCAAUGGGAUAUCCUCCCUCGCAGAUGCUUCCACCUCAUUACCCAGGCUCGCUUUCGAGGCCGCACAGUCCGGCGAGAAGCGUGAAAUCGAGCAGAAGAUCGAGGGCAGCCUCGCCGUCUCCCAGUCUGAAAUCGAGAAAAUCACUGGCCACGAGAUCACGAUCGAGGAGAUCGCAGGGAUCGCCCUCCGACGCUAGCUCCGAGGACUCUGGAGAGUCGGACGUCGAAGACAGGCUCUCCCGAAGCUCCAGAGGCACCAGACGUGGCAGCGUGUCCAGGUCUGCCAGACAAAGAAGUUACCACGAAGAAGACGGCACCAGGAGCUUGUUGAACCGAAAUCGUCGCGAACGGCUGAGGUCGGAAGAAAGGAUCGCCAGCACCGAGGACCAAUGGUCGGAGACUCAUUCGGCCAAAAGGUACCCGAUGUCGCCGAAAAGUUACGACGAGUUCCAGAAGAACACGCUGAACUCGCGACGAAGAUACGAGCAAGAUGAACGCAGGCUCUCCAGGCUGGACACCCGAUUAGAUCGCGUUCAAAACGGCAGCUAUCGUCGAAGACGAAGUACCGACGACGAGUCGUCCGACAGAAGAUCCACUUUGCACACUCGAUCCAGGGUCACCAGUUCCUCGGACGAUCACUUCGAGAGAUCUGAAAUCGUUCCACCGCGAAGAGACGACGACGUGGUAACGAGAAGAGCUUCUUCCGUGAGAAGAGAAAUACCUUUGGAGAAUCUCGAACGAUCCUCGCGUAGAGAUUCUCGAAGAUCCUCGAUCGACAGUGAUCCGCAGAUCGCGAGGAAAACACCUGCUCGUGACGUGUCUUCGAGGAGAAACCAGGAAAUAGAAAGAGUGAGCAACGUGCGUUCUGUUCGCGACAGCGAGAACGACGAGGUUGCGCCACGCGUUGCCACGAAGAAUCUACGAAGUCGCGAGCCUUCUCGCGACAGAGAGGUGGUUUCGAGAAGAGACUCUUCGCUGAGGAGAGAAACUUCGAUGGAGGAGGCGGACAGAUCCUCCGUCAGAAGAAAAUCAUCUGUCGAUUCUGAUACUCAGAGUGCUAGGAAAACACCGUCUCACGAGCUUGCUUCCAAGAAGAUCCAGGAAACCGAGGAUCGUAGAAAAAUUCAGGAAACUGAAGAUCGUAGAAAAAUCCAGGAAACCGAAGAUCGUAGAAAAAUCCAGGAAACCGAGGAUCGUAGAAAAAUUGAAGAAAUUGAAGAUCGCAGAAAAAUCCAGGAAACCGACGAUCGUGGGAGAGUCCAAGAAAAUGAGAAUCGAAGUGCGUCACGAGGAAGCAGCAGGAACCAAGAAGAAAUUCGAGAAGUUAGACGCUCCGUGGAAAAGGAGAACCGAAGUGUGUCACGAGGUAGCAGUAGAAAUCAGGAAGAAAUUCGGGAAGUUAGGCGUUCCGUGGAAAAAGAGAAACGAAGCGAAGUGACUCCCGCGAAGAAGAUAGAAAACGAGCAAGCUAAACGUCUGGAAAAGGUAGCUUCUUCGGAGAAAGAAGAAGAACACGUAAUACCAAGCGUGGUUCAACAGAAACUGUCGAAAGACGUCGACGAAUCGUUGAUCACGAUGGAAAUACCUAAAGAAGAAUGGGCGUGUGAGCACUGUACCUUCAUCAACAACAUAAAGGAUCGUGUCUGCGUGGUUUGUUGCAAAACGAAGAGCAGCGAGUUGCCUCCGAGCAACGAAGAGAACUCAGAAGACGUUCCGAGUGUGUUGAGCGAGGUGACGAGAAGCGAAUCAGCGACAACGUCCAGCAACGUGAGCAAUCCCAGUUCAGAUCUGGAGAAACGGACCGGCCUGUUGAAGAUCUCGAACGGCGAAGAAAGCGGCGACAGUGGAUCGACGAGGAACAAAGAUAACGCGAUGCUGGAAAAUUCGUCCGCGGAAAAUCCGAGAAUUGAAUCCUCCUCGAAAGACACGUCGACGCUGAUAACGAACAGCGUAUCAGUGGCCGCUGAUAGCACUGACGCUGCAAACAUUCACGUUCCCGCGAAAAUAAACGUGGAAGAAGAGCCGACGAAACGACCGAUGCUCGGAAAAAUCCCCAAAAGUCAUUCAGUUUCCACGGGGACUUCCCCGCCUCCUCAGAGCAUUUCCACUCAAACGUACGACUACCUUCCACCUAGAGGAAGCGCGGGAUUCGUGAGAGCUUCGUCCGUCUCGAAGGGAUUAUUGUAUUAUGAGGACAGCGACGCUGAGAACGAUGCUGAGCAUCUGUUUCAGGAGCAAAGCAGGUUCGCGAACAGCCCAGACCUGUAUCCACGUACGAUCCAGGAACAGUAUCUUCAGCAGCUGAUCAGCGGACCAAGCAGAGAUCGUACGCGACGAAACUCGAUCGACUCCACCCACCUUUAUUACCGUUCCAGGGAAUCGAGCCAGCCGAGAUUCCUCGACGCCGGUCCGAGCUCUCAAGGUGUUUCGACGUUGACCAGACAAGGAUUGGAGAUAGUGGAGCUUCUACGAGAAGCUGAGAAACACGGUUAUUCCACGGACGAUGUUCAAGUGGCUCUGUCGCAAGGUGCGAGCCAUCCUAUCGAGUGGCUGAGGACGCAGUGGCCGCAUUUGGUGGAGACAGUGCAGAUUCUGGUGACCACGCAGGGGAAAGAGCAGAAGGAGAACAAUAUAGGUGUGCUUUCUGCUGUCGAAGCGAAGGAAGCUUUAAGAGCAACGAAAGGAGACGUUUGGAACUCUGUUGCCAUGGCUAUUCAGCGUAGACAGCAAAAGUGCGAAGAAAUCAUGAAGAAGGGCAACUUUACGAUGGCGGACGUGGUUAAAGCGUUGGAGAAUAACGCCGGUGCCGAGGACGCGGCUUUGUUCGAGCUGCAAAAGAACCAGCUCAAGCCGUUCCUCAUGAGGAUCUGGGGUCCUCCGGUUGGGGUGGAAAACGACGAGGCUGCACCGCGGGAAGAUGCGGCAGGUGCGGUCGGUGGUGGAACGGGUAUAUCCGAACAGGUUUCCAACGUGUCGGACUCGGAAGCCAGGAAGCAGGUAAUGUCACCAAUCGUUGAAAAUUUCGUCGCGUUGCAGGCCGACUUUCGAAAGCAACUGGCAGCCCUCAGACAACUGACCGAUAACUGGCAACAUGACAAAGACCCCCUGAACACGCUCGGUAAUAAGCCUGAUAAUCUGUAUCAAGUUAACACUGACGAUCGAACCGUUCUAAUCGAUAAAAAUCUGGUCCCAAGGGCCGUACAAGACCUCGAUGUAGCCAACACUGUUAAAACACUGAUGGACGAGCAACGAAAGUCGAUCACUCAAGGCCAGACUAAAUCAUUCAUACCUAAAAUGACCGAUACACCUGUCGUAAUCGAGAAACACGAUCAAAAUAACAAUUCCACGAAAACGAUAAUAGAAAACCAUACUAGCGAUAUUCCAGAAACUACAUCGAAUCAGAAUCUACCAUUUUUAACCACAGAAAAUGACAAAAACACUGGAUCGAGGGAAGCGGAACAAAGAAAUGCGGCUGAAAUUGAAACAGAAAAGGUCGCAAGGAAUACACCUAUUUGCACGAAGAAUCACGAGCAAAGAGACAGUUCUACGGUGAAUUUAAUCGAAAGAGUGGCUUCUAAUCCUUCGGAAGAUUCGUCGAAGCAAAGUCGAAGUGACAAACCGUCGGAGGGUGUUGAAGUCUCUGACAAAGAGCAGAAGAAACAAGUAGAAAAGGUGAAAGAACAGGAAGAUAAGGGUGAAGCUACAGCUAUCGUCUCGUCUUGCAGUGCCGAGAGAACGUCAUCGGCUAGAGUAGAAAGGACGACGGAGAAUGUAGAGCAAACGGCGAAGAUGAGUUUAGAAGUAGCUUGUUCGCGGAAGGACGAGGAAGCGGCUGGUUCGCGCGUUAAAGAAAGCGAAACGACGUCCCAAAAGAGCCUGAAUCCCGGGCAAAGCGGCGUACAAGUAGAUAAAGCUUCCCCGUUGCGCUCGGAAAAAGACGAAACAGCGUCCCAAAAGGCUUCUGAUCCUCGUCAAAGAGCCGUACAAGUAGAUAAAGAUUCCUGUUCGUCCGUGGCCGUCCCUUUGCGAUCUAAUGUAUUGGACCACGGUUUCGUGCAAAGUGUAUCCCAAAGAUCUAACGAAUUGACCGAAGAUCCUCCGCCGCGGACCAAUGGAACCGAGCCACCUGAUUUAAUAAACCAGAAAGUCGAAGAACCUCAAAGCUCCUUACCACAGCCAACAGUUUCCGUAGAAUUAACCAAGGCACCUGAAAAUACGAACGUACCAGAACCUGUCGACGCGAGAAACGUAGAAACGAGGGAGAAAUUGGAGGAGAUCGAAGAUGUAACGAAAGUAAAAUCCGGUGAAAAUAGCUCUACGGAAGAACACGUCGAAUGUCUGCGACAAAAAGCUCCUCAGACCGUGGAUGCAUUGAUAUCUGCCGUGAAAUCGCUGCCGGAGCAAUUACUAGGCCCGUUCAUAUCAGCAAUGCAGAUGUUGUCGUCAAAGAAAUCGAGCAUCGACGUCGAACGACCGAACAUCCUCGACGCCGCGAGCAAAGAACACGGGGAGAGCACUUCGUCGACUUCUUUCGUUCUUCCAGCUUCCGAGAACGAAGCGACGAGGAGCGAAGUGGAGGAAGAUGGGAAAAAGCUGGGACCGGAUGCAGAGGAGUCCGCUGCGGACGAAACAACCGCGGCCGACGUCAAAAAGCUGCGAGACCUUGCUACGAGAAUAGCACGUCGUCUUCUAGCAGAGGGCAAAGCGUCGAACUACGACGAAGCGGAAGUGGCUGCCAGUUUGCUAGCUCUAAAAUUCGGGGACGUUGAAGCUCUCCAAGCGGCUAAAGAGUGUUCCAGCGUCGAGUCAGCGUUGGCCUUUUUGCAACAGGAGUGCGAAUUGUGCACGGGUCGAUUUGCAAUGAGCCAGAUGGUGUCCAUGCUGAAGUGUGUUCAUCGUUGUUGCAACGAGUGCGCGAAGAACUACUUCACCAUUCAAAUUAGCGACAGAAACAUCACGGAUGCAGUUUGUCCGUUUUGCAAAGAGCCAAAUCUGAAGGACGCCGGCGAAGACGAAGUUUUAGAAUAUUUCAGCAACUUGGACAUACAACUGAAGACACUUCUGGAUCCUCCGAUUCACGAAUUGUUCCAAAGGAAACUUCGCGAUAGAACGUUGAUGCAAGAUCCGAAUUUCAAAUGGUGCAUUCAGUGUUCGAGCGGAUUUUACGCGGAUCCGGAUCACAAGCGAUUAAUUUGUCCGGACUGUCGAUCGGUCACGUGCGCACUGUGUAGGAGGCCGUGGGAGAAACAGCACGAAGGAAUUACGUGCGAGCAAUUUGCUGCUUGGAAAGACGAGAAUGACCCGGAUAAUCAAGCCGCUGGCUUAGCCAAGCACCUCGCGGAUAAUGGAAUAGAUUGUCCUAAAUGCAAAUUCCGCUACUCUUUGUCCAGAGGAGGUUGUAUGCACUUCACGUGUAGCCAGUGCAAGUACGAGUUUUGCUGCGGUUGCGGCAAAGCGUUCAUGAUGGGAGCGAAAUGCUCGGUCAGCCAGUAUUGCGCGAAACUGGGCCUUCACGCUCAUCAUCCGCGGAACUGUCUGUUCUAUCUUCGCGAUAAGGAGCCCGCGCAGUUGCAACAGCUGUUAAGAGAUAAUGGAAUCGAGUACGACACCCAGGGUCUGGCCGGGGAGCGCAAGUGCAAAGUACAGUUGCAGAAAGAAACUCCCACCGGUGUUGUGGACGCGGUAUGCAAUUCAGACGUCGUUGAGGGACACGCUGGCCUUUGCAGGAUCCAUUAUGUCGAGUAUCUAGUUCGAAUGAUACGGAACACACAACUGGAACCGCUUCCGUUGCUAAACGUAGACGAUCUCGAGACAUGCGUGAAACGUGCGGGAGUCAAGUUGCCCCCGAAUUGGCAGCACUACAUUGAGUACUUGGCGGGCCUGGUACUGAAGGGCAAACUGGAUCCCGCGGCGAUCUUUGACUUGAACGACGCCAAGCAAGAGCUGCGCCGUAGGGGAAAAGUUCCCCCUGCGAAGGACCAGGAAAUGUCCGAGCGGGAUUAUCUUGAGGCGUGCAUUCAGGUCGUACGGAAGGAGAUUCCACUGGAGUGAUAGAAGGGGGAAUAAUUAACAUGCGACUUUAUACGUGACUCACU